GCGCGCGGCUGACAGCGCAGAGCGCGGACCGGGCGUUGCGAGGCGGGUGUGCGCUGGAACGCGUUUUGUGCUGUCUCCACUAACUGCCCAGGCUGGUCACCGAAAUCCCCCUCUAGGGCUCAUCAUGGCGUCUGGUCACACUGUGCUGAUGCGGUUGGUAGCCUCAGCAUACUCUGUUGCUCAAAAGGCAGGCGUGAUAGUCAGACGUGUUAUUGCUGAAGGAGACUUGGGUAUCGUGGAGAAGACCUGCGCGACUGACCUGCAGACCAAAGCUGACCGCCUGGUGCAAAUGAGUAUAUGUUCGUCACUGGCACGGAAAUUCCCCAAACUAACGAUCAUAGGGGAAGAGGAUCUGCCCUCGGAAGAAGUCGAUCAGGAGCUGAUUGAAGAUGGUCAGUGGGAGGAGAUUCUGAAGCAGCCGUGCCCAUCACAGUACAGUGCCAUCAAAGAGGAAGACCUUGUGGUCUGGGUUGAUCCUCUAGAUGGUACCAAGGAAUAUACUGAAGGUCUUCUUGAUAAUGUAACAGUCCUUAUUGGAAUUGCUUAUGAAGGAAAAGCCAUUGCAGGAGUUAUUAACCAGCCAUAUUACAACUACCAGAACAAUGAAAAGGAGAAGUUAAGGGAAGCCAGGAAUGAAGCAAAGGCAGGACCAGAUGCCGAGUUGGGACGGACAAUCUGGGGCAUUUUAGGUUUAGGAGCCUUCGGGUUUCAGCUGAAAGAAGUGCCUGCAGGGAAGCACAUUGUCACAACGACCCGUUCCCAUAGCAACAAGUUGGUUACGGACUGUGUUACGGCCAUGAACCCUGACAGUGUGCUGCGUGUGGGUGGAGCAGGAAAUAAGAUUAUUCAGCUGAUUGAAGGCAAAGCAUCUGCUUAUGUAUUUGCGAGUCCUGGAUGUAAGAAGUGGGACACUUGCGCCCCCGAAGUUAUUUUACAUGCCGUGGGAGGCAAGUUAACUGAUAUCCAUGGAAAUGCCCUUCAGUAUAACAAGGAGGUGAAGCACAUGAACUCUGCAGGGGUGCUGGCCACACUGAGGAAUUAUGACUACUAUGCAAGUCGAGUUCCACAAUCUGUAAAAAAUGCCCUUGUUCCAUAAAAAACAAUCUCAUUAGGAGAGGGACUCAGUUCUCAAAAUAAUACAUUUAAAACAGAUUCAGUGGAAUUAGGCUCCACCUUUACUUUAUUCAUUGCUGAUCAGCAAUUUAUAUUUAGUUAUUUAGGAGUAGAAUAUAGGUUUAAGGAACUUAUCUUGAUAGUUAAUCAACCAGACCAAUUUUGACAUCUGGAAAAUUUAUAAAGUCAAUAUCAUAUGUCUCUUUCCUCCUUCUAUAUGGAGAAAUGAAAGGAAGGUUUUGUUGCAACUGACCAUUCAGGUCAGUUGUUUAAUCAACAUUCCUAUGUACAAACCAAAUUACUUUAGAGCACAGAAUCACAAGUUAUCUGAAUGUCGUUCUUGUUUUUCACAGUAAUUUUUAAAGUUUUCCUACACCAGUUAUGAAUAUACUAAAAUGUCAUAUAUGUUGAUGAAACAGAUUUAUGGGAAAAGUUUCUUUAUAAUAAAUUAUUUAAUUCUAGUUCAUGGUAUUAACCAGCUUUUUAAUAUUUGUAAGUAUUUGAAAACCAUAAAUUCUCUAUUAUGGACAUUCUUAUGGUUUCAUCAUAUUGUUUAACUGUAGAAAGUUAAGUAUGGCCUUUAUUCCUUCCAUUGGGAGAUUAUGAUAUAUGCUAUCAAAAUUCUUCCAACAUUCUGCCUAUUUUAGGUCUCUGUCUAGUGUUUUUCAAUAAAUUUCUCUGCUACUAGAUUAAGUACCUGGUUUAAAUUAAUCAUCCUCAAACCCAGCUGCGCAUACAAAUCACCUAGGAAACUUCACAAAGUACAGGUUCACAGUUUCUACCUCAUCCCUACAAAAUCUGUUUCGGAGAUAGCUGUAGGGUGAGAGGUUUUAUUCUGAUGUAGGUGCCUUUUCUAGUCUGGAGAGGGCUAUGUGAAGACAUAAUCAUCUUUGAGGGUGUGUUGGGACUCCCUUGUCAUCGCUCAAACACUCAAGUUUCAUUUAAUCUAAGCAGUAUCCCCACUGAAAACAGGGAUGUCUUUAGGAGGUUAAGAGAAAAUGGGGGCAUGCAAAAGAAUGAAGCUUGACCACUACCUCACACCAUACACAAAAAUCAACUCAAAAUGGAUUAAAGAACUAGACAUAAGACCUGAAACCAUAAAAUAUAUAGAAGGAAAUAUAGGCGAAACACUAUGUAAUUUGCACAUCAAAGACAUCUUUACAGACACAUCACCCAAAGCAGUGAUAGUGAAGGCAAAGAUAAACAGCUGGGACUACAUCAAAUUAAAGAGCUUCUGCACAGCAAAAGAGACAAUAACAAAAACAAAGAGAAACCCCACCAACUGGGAGAACAUUUUUG